AUGCCUUUUUUCAACGCCCGCGACAUCAUCUCGAUGCCGGGCGGGGACAAUUCGAGCGACACGUUGAUCGGGAAUGUCCACUUUAACAAGACGACGCUCGACUUCUGGAACUACACGCUGUACUCCAACAACACGCUGUCCAACGGGUCGUGGUGCAUCCUCACCUUCCCCCCCUACACGCCGUCGCUCGUCGAACCCAAUGGCACCUUUGUGAAUGUGACGUAUUGCUACUCUGCCGUAAACCCCAUCGGACUGCGCUCCGGCAUUGGCGUCGGCUUCGCGGCCCUCUUUGGCUUGAUGCUAAUCCCAACACUGGUCAACCUCAACAAGCAUGGCAAGUUGUAUCUGCCUGCCGAACGGCGCUUCCAACCUGUCGGGAGGAGAUGGCAAUGGUACUGGGGCGCUAUCGUCAGUGCCACCGCUCUGAUCAGCCUGCUCACCAACAUCGACGUCGACCGCUACUAUCUUCCCGAGCUGCCCAUCGUGCUCACCUCCUUCUUCUGGUAUAUCAUGCAAAUGUGCUCCAUGGCCCUUGUCUGGGAAGCCGUGCGUCAUUGGGGCAGCUGGAUGGAGAGGCAGUUUAUCGAUCCGAACCCUUUUAUACUUCCUCAAAACGACAAAAGAUCGAAUAUUGAGUUCUGGCUGCCUUUGGUCUUCUACUUCUGGCUCUGGCUGAACUUCUUCUUAAUCGUCCCUCGCAACUGGGGGCGGAUCGAGCUGCAGCGAUAUCCGCAACAGAUCAUCGACGAGGCAAUCCCCGCCGCUACUGACGGCCGCUUCAAGGCUGCCGCAUUUGUGAUGGUUGUCUGCUGGCUCAUAAUAGCCUUCUUCCUGCGCCACGCGAUUAAGCACUACAAGGAGCGGAACCGCGGUAUCAUCAAUCGCUUCAUCGGCCUUAUCCGCUUCAUGCCGAUCAGGUUCCGGCUACUCCUACCCCUCGCCGCCGUGAUACCAACCUAUCAGGCAAUGGUUGCAUGGGAAUUUUCUUGGAGCCCCAUGAACGUUCAUGGCAAUAAUGCUGCUAUUUACGGCGGAGGAUAUGCGCCAUCCCUUCUGAUCCUGGUUAUACAGGCCGUGUCCGGUUUUAUGCGGCCAAACGAGGACCGCGAGCUGCAACGCCAGCGUCGUGAGAGAGGCACCGCCAUCGACCGCGAGAUCGGCAUCACGCAUAAGCCGGCGUGGUGGCAACGUGCCAGGGCCGACUUCAACGCCAACGAGACCAUUCGCGAACGCAUAGCACGCAAUGUGCGCGAGGUCGGCGGCGGGAAAGCGACGGCCCGCAACCUAGAUCACAUUGUCGAGGCACGCAGCGCCAGAGAGGACCGCGAACAGAACAACGGCGCCGCGGCGGGCGAGUCGGUCGAGAUGGAUUCCAUGCCGCCUCGCCCGCUCUCGCUGUCCCAGCAGGCGACCGACCUCUUGGGCCCCAUCGCCCCGGGUGACUUCGAGCGCGCCCGGAACGUUGCUACCCUGUACGGCGGCAGAUCGGAGCGGCGGCGGACCGAGACCGCGAUGGCUGCCGCCGCAGGGGUUCUGUUCCCCGCCGGCAGCAACGAGGCGGCCGCAGCAGCCGCCCGUCGGCGCGCAGAGAUCACCAUGGAUGGGCCGCCGCCGCCGCCCUAUGCGGAUAGAGGGCGGCAGGGCGCCGGAUCGAGGUCGACGGCAGCGCGGAGCAACAGCACCGAGACUAUUAACAGCAUUAACCAGCCGCCACAGCAAAUUAAGAGCAUGCUGGACGUUUGA